AUGGAGCGCCAUCGCAAGCGCGAGCUUCGCGAGCUCAACACCAAGGCCUGGGCGGGAGAGAAAGAUGUCUUCCCCGUCCAAGGCUCGCUCGACUCGUCCAUGAAGAAGAACACGGCCUUCAUCAAGCGGCUGCGCACGGCCAUGACGGGCGCAUCCAAGGACACGUUCGUGUCCGAGGUGCGGUCACUGUCGCUGCACAAAUACCUCUCGGAGAUCAUCUCGGCAUGCUACGAGGGGCUGACGAAGCUCAAGACGCCGGGCGACAUCGCCACCGGCGUCGAGGUCAUCAGCGCGCUGCACCAGCGCUUCGGCCCGGCCGAGUUCACCGGAUACAUUGGGUGGCACAUCGGCCGCGGCCUGGCGACGCCGGACAAGGGCCACCUGAAGGCGCUGCCGCAGGACGUGCGCGAGCGCGAGGAGAAGGAGCGCCUGGCCCGCCAGCGCGUGUUGCUGCGUGUGGCGACGGAGUUGUGGUUGGUGGGCGUGCUGAGGAGCUUGGACGACGUCGUCCGGCCCGAGGAGGCGUCGAAAAACAAAGAGAACCUGAAGGGGGCAGAGGGCUUACCGAAGAGCAAGAGCGCUACCAAUGGCGCCCGCGCGGACAAUGCGGAUGCGGAGCCCUUCCCGUUGGAGGUGCUGAAGGAUAUGCUGGGACACGACCGGGAGCACAUCAACCUACCGCUGGUGGUCAUCUUCGUGAAGAGCUUCUCGUGGGAUGUCCUAGGAACCAAGUCUGUGUCGUCUGAGGGUAGGAAAACUGUCAAUGAAGAUGGCGCCAUAAGUGCUGCUGGCGGCAAGACCGACGAGCCAGCGGAGGAGGAUGAAGAAGAUUCCGAGGACCCGCCGAUCACUUCCCCGGAGUUGCGCCAGCGCUUCAAAAAUGUCCUCAACCGGUACUUUGAGGAUGUAAAGGCCCACCUCGUUCGUGAUCAGGAGAAGCUUGUCAACCAAGGUCGCCGCAAUGCUGAGGCAUACGUCAAAUCCGGGGAGGUGUUCGAGGACCGCCAGGCGAACUAUGAGAAGCAAGUCAAAGCGCAGGACAAGCUUUUGGGAAAUGCGCAGGUUUUGGCAGAUGCUGUAGGUGCUGAGAUGCCGGAUCUGAAAGAGAAGGACACAUCCACCAACUCUGGUGAUGGUAGCAUCGGCUUGGUAAAGACCGGUGAAUAUCUUCGGGGCCAAGGAGAGGGACCCGGAAUCUGGGAGGAUGAAGAAGAGCGCCGUUUCUACGAGAACCUGAUCGACUUGAAGGACCGUGUUCCUGGAAUUCUUUUGGAGGACGGCAAGAAGAAGAAGGGCGAUGGAGAUGAUCAAGUUGGAAAGCGGGUUGAGCCUGACAACAAGGAAGAGGCGGCAGUGCCUGCGGAUGCAAAGGCCGCUGAAGGCGAGGACCAGUCCACAGCCAUUGCUAACAAAUCCGUUGGUGCCCAGGUUGACGCAUUGCUAGCUCGCCUGCCUGAGUUCGUCAACAAGGACCAGGUGGACGAGAUGGCUAUUGAGUUCUGUUUCCUCAAUUCAAAGGCGUCAAGGAACCGCUUGAUCAAGGCCGUGUCGGACAUCCCGAAGGGACGCACGGAUCUGCUUCCUCUCUACGCGAGACUCGUUGCAACGCUUGGGAAAUACAUGUCUGAUGUCAUCCAAGGAAUCGUUGCAUACUUGGAUGACGAGUUCCGCAGUCUACAGCGUCGCAAGCAGAAGGAUUUCUUGGGACAGGUCCGCAUGAUCAACGUUCGCUAUCUCGCGGAGCUGACAAAGUUUGGCGCCGUUCCGGAGCAUGUCAUCUUCCAUUGUCUCAAGGUCAGCCUGGACGAUUUCUCCCGGAUGAACAUCGAAAUCAUAUGCAACCUGCUGGAAAAUUGCGGGCGCUAUCUUCUGCGGAACCCUGAAACCUCACCGCGCAUGGCCUCAUUCCUCGAGACUUUGCAGCGAAAGAAGACUGCUUCUCACCUUGGUCAGCAGGAGCGCAUGCUCAUCGAGAACGCAAUGUACUAUGUCAACCCCCCGGAGCGUGCAGCCAUCGAACAAAAGGAGAGGACACCACUUGAACUCUUCAUUCGCAAGCUGAUCUACCUUGACUUGACGAAGAGAAACCUUGAUAAGGUCGUCAAGCAGAUCCGUAAGCUUCACUGGGAGGAAGAAGAGGUCGUUUGCAUGUUGCACAAGAUCUUCACCAAGCCUGGAAGGAUCAAGUACAGCAACGUUCACCUGCUUGCCGUGAUUCUCGGCUCGUUGAACAGGCAUCAUCAGGACUUUUGCAUUUCUGUCAUCGACGACUUGCUCGAGAACAUCACGCUUGGGCUAGAGCUAAACGACUUCAAGUUCAACCAACGUCGGGUUGCUGAGGUGAAGUAUCUCGGCGAACUCUACAUUUACAGGAUGGUGGACUCGCCUGUCAUUUUCGACACCUUGUACAAAUUGGUGACCUUCGGAUACGAGGGAGGUACGCCGAGGCCCGGAUCGAUCAACCCCCUGGACCCUCCGGACGACUUCUUUCGCAUUCGCCUUGUGUGCAACCUGCUCGAGACCUGCGGAAUGUACUACGAUAAGGGCCAAGCCAAGAAGAAGCUCGAUUUCUUCCUGACGUUUUUCCAAUACUACAUCAAAACCAAGGACCCACUGCCCAUGGAUAUCGAAUUCAUGGUGCAAGAUGCAUACGCCCUGACGCGCCCGCAAUGGAAACUUGCGACUACUCUUGAGGAGGCUGGGAAUACUUUCGCGGAGGCUGUCAAGGCCAACUAUCAGCUGCCACAACCUAGCGGGGACCAAGAAGACCAAGACGACGAAUCAGGUGCUGAGGACGGAGACGAGGGUGAUGGCGGCGACGAUGACGAGCUGCAAGCUCGGGAAAGAAAUGACGCCUCUUCCGGCGAAGAUGCUGAUACACCCGGUGAAGAGGACCAGGAUUCGAGUGACUCCGAUUCCGAGGAGGAAGAGGAACACAUUGUCGUCACUCGUCCAGAAGAUGAGAGAGACCCUGAGGCGGAUGCAGAUUUUGAUCGUGAACUGGCGAAGAUGAUGGCUGAAAGUCUAGAUUCCCGCAAAUUCGAGCGCAAGCCCAUGUUCGAUGUGCCGCUUCCCAUGAAGCGCAACCGCGAAGCGCCCGCCCCGUCCGAGGAGAACGCCGAACAACAACGCGCAGAAGCCGCCGCGGCGCCGACCAUGAAGUUCGCCCUUUUGAGCAAGAGGGGCAACAAGCAACAGACCAAGGCCAUCGACCUGCCUGCAGACUCGACCUUCGCCGUUGCUAUGCGCACACAACAGGAGGCUGAACGUGCUGAACAGCAGCGCAUCAAGAACCUGGUCUUGAACUACGAUCUCCGGGACGAGAACGAAUCAGAUGGUGAUACCAACUUUCCCUUGACACCCAACCUCAACAAGCGGCAGCAUACUCUUUUUCAGCAGCGGCGAGGAAGCCGGCGGAGCAACAAGUCAAGUUCGCAAAGCGGCAACCGCUUUCUUGCUUCAUCCCGCCCUAACAACACUGGCUCGACCAACACUCAGCAGAGCAACAAGAACGGCAAUGUUAACGUCUAUGAUAACACGACAGGUGGCCUCGAGAAACAACACAACCCGUACAAUGUCCCGCGCAUCGACAAGGCAAGCAACAAUCGAAGCACACAGCGUGCGAGGAAGCUACAACUGAGUGACGUUGACUGGUAUGACAACCAAACAACCAAUCCCAACACCCAACAGCGCAAGAACACUGCAGCCCCCAAUGGUCACGGCAUUUGGAAGAAUGGCCAGCCAAGGAAGACGACGGCUUGA